UCUUGGGUCAAGCUCACAAAGAAAAAUCAUACUAAUAGUGUUUGCAAAUACUACACUGCAAUAUUAUUAUCCUGUGUCUGUGUGUGUGCUUGAAGAUUUCUGGAAAUGGCGUAUUAUGCUGCUCUUGUUUCUCUUGUGCACUUACUCUAUGAAACAGUCCAUCGUGAUCGAUACCCAAACUUCCAUCUUGGUAGGCAGCCAAUCAUAAAAUCACUCUUCGAAAAAUUCAGCCUUCUAGAAGCAAUAUUGGAGGAUUACUCAUCCAAAGGCGACGAAGCUAAUGACCGUGUCGAAGCACGUAUAAGAGAUGUGGCGUAUCGAGCACAGGAUGUUAUUGAAUCCGAGAUCUCGAAUCAGAUUGAACCAGAUGGGAUAGACCAUGAGUCAUAUGCUUUUAUUAAUCAAUAUGCUGUGGAUGAAUUGGAGGAGGUGGAUCAAGACUUGAACUUUGUUAUUGAAGAUACAAUGGCGAUGAAGGAAAGACAAUUAGGUAUCGGAAGUUUUAAAUCAACAGAGUAUUAUUCUGCAACUGGUGUGUUGAAACAAAUGCUCGGAAGAAACACCAUGGUGGGAUUCGAUGAGCAGCUGACCACCAUAAAAGAUGAGCUUUGUGGACAUUCAUCACAACUUCAAAUCAUCCCGAUUGCGGGCAUGGGUGGAAUAGGUAAGACCACUCUGGGUAGACAUACCUUUAACGACGCGCUUAUUGUAUAUCACUUUGAUAUUCGUGGGUGGGUAACCGUGUCUCAAGAUUAUAACGCGACCAAAGUUCUUCAAAGUAUCCUAAACUCCAUGGGUAUUGCAUAUGAUCCAAUGCGCGUAGAGGAUGAAAAAUUUUUAAAGGAGCUUAUAUAUAAGUCUUUGAAAGGUCAUAGGUACCUCAUUGUAAUAGAUGAUUUGUGGAGUACGGAAGUUUGGGAUGAUUUGAAGCAUAUAUUUCCGAAUGACUCUAAUGGUAGUCGUAUCUUGUUAACCACUAGAUUAAUAGAUGUGGCCCGUUACGCCGGUAACUCUUCUUUUCUUCAUGAGAUGCAAUUCCUAAAUGUGAAUUCAAGUUGGAUUUUACUUAGGAAGAAGGUGUUUGUACAAGAUCAUUGUCCUCCGGAAUUGGAGGAUAUUGGAAUGGUUAUAGCAAGUAAAUGUCGAGGACUUCCACUUGCAAUAGUUGUGAUUGCUGGCAUACUUUCACAAGUCCGGAAUCCACAACAUUGGAAUAUGGUAGCAAGGAAUGUGGGCUCGUUCUUGAGUGAAUCGGGCGAUGAACACUUGUCCAAUAUUCUAUCUCUUAGCUAUAAUCACUUGUCUCAUUCACUAAAAGCUUGCUUUCUAUACAUGGGAAGUUUCCCGGAGGACUAUGAAAUCAAUGUCCGCGGACUUACCAGGCUGUGGGUUGCGGAGGGGUUCUUGAAAUUGUCUGAUGGAUCGAAAACAUUGGAGCAAGUGGCCGAGGAAUGCCUAGAGGAUCUUGUUAAAAGAAAUCUUGUUAUUAUCACAAAGAAAAGGGGAAAUGGCCGAUUCAAGCAGUGUGUUGUGCACGACAUCUUGAGAGAUUUCUGUCAACAAAGAGCUGUAAGAGAGUGUUUCUUUCAUGGACUCCAAUGGUUAAAUUGUUUCCGUACGUAUGAGAAGGCUUCAAGCUCCUCGACUUCUUGCAUGCCAUGGGAAGCAUUUGGCACUCGUAAACAUGUUCGAACAAUCCUGUGGUUUAGCAAACGAAACCUUGAAAAUACACAUGUUUUGGAAUCGCGCAGGUUCAGACUGUUGAAAAUAUUAGAUGCAGCCGAUGCAGAGCUUCUGUCUGUCCCACGUUUCUUGGAUAUGAUACAUCUCAAAUACCUCACUCUGCGAUUCGAUUGUGUCAAAAAUGACUCCUAUCUUCCAAUAUUCAGGCUUCCGAAUCUUGAAGCCUUAAACUUAUAUUUUACUUCGAUCCACGAAAUUGUAGUGCCAUAUGAAAUUUGGAAGAUGCGGCGACUAAGGCAUCUUAUAAUUGGUCCGGCGAUGGUAUUGCUGCCUAUUCCAGUGUUUAGUGGCAGCCCUUUCCAAAGACUAGAACAUCUGCAAACACUUGAGAUGGUAAGGAAUUUCGAAUUCUCUAAUAAGGUGAUUGAAAUGAUUCCCAACAUUAGAAAACUGAAGCUUUUUUAUGGUGGAUUGGACACCAUUCAUUCUUGGGAGCAUUACUCCCUCGACAAUCUCUUCCAUCUGGUUCAACUUGAGGAGCUGAAAAUCAGCUGUCUCCAAUGGGAAGAACUGACAGCCAUGGGUUCCCUUCCGAGUCUGCAAGUGCUCAAGCUCGAAUGGAAUUCAUUUGUUGGAGAAACAUGGGAACCAAUAGAAGGGGAAUUUUUGCAGCUCAAGUUCUUGUUCUUAAAGCAAUUAAAUCUCAAGCACUGGAGAGCAGACAACACACACUUCCCACGCCUUCAACACCUCUAUAUUCAGGAGUGCCCCCUCCUAAAGGAGAUUCCCAUCGAAAUUGGGGAUAUUCCAACUCUUGAAUCCAUUACUGUUCUUAUUUCUUGGAUUGCAGGAUAUUCGGCGAAGCUUAUUCUAGAAGAACAACGGAGACAGGGAAACGAUGUGCUUCAAGUGCAUGUUCGCAAUUGGGGUUAGUUGGAGUGGACGCCGUCUCAAUGACCUAAUUUGUGAAUAAUUAGGUAUGAGUUAUGAACUAUAUCUAACAUUUUCUAAUGAUCUGCUUCUAAUGUUAGGAAUGUUCACUGCAUUAUUCUGUGAUGGAAUGGGACAGAGUUGUAUUUUUCUCUAACAUACACCAUUGUUUUGCUUUGCUCAUAGAAGAUGUAUUUGAAAUAUGGUUACAUAUAUUGAUAU